AUGUUGUUUGGAGAAGUACCAUAUAAUGGAUUCAAAGCUCCAUGUGGAGUAGGAGAGCUUCUUGAGUUGCAAGUAUUAAGAAUUGUGGAUGUAGAAGAGAGCGAUAGGACUGGAAUAAUGAAGGAGGUUGGAAAGCUAAUCAAAUUAAGAGAUUUAUCGAUUAAAAGCUUGAGACAAGAUGGAAAAGAACUUUGCUCCUCACUUGAGAAGCUUACCAAUCUGCAAGAAUUAGUUGUUGCUUCUUCACGUGAUGAAAUGUUGGAUGUGAAUCAUCCUAUUUCUGCCUCAUCUCUUCAAUCAAGUCGGUGGUUACAAUUUGUCGGCCGCUUAGAAGAGAUCCCACCAUGGAUAAGGAAUCUUCAAGGGUUGGAAAGAAUAACGUUGAGUUUGAGUAAUUUUUUUAAAGAUCCAGUAUUAGAGACACUUCAACAUCUUCCCAACUUGUUCGAAAUUAGACUCCUUGAUGAAGCCUACAAAGGGGAAAGUUUAUGUUUCCAAGCUGGAUAUUUUCUAAAGCUCAAGACAUUGUGUCUGGUGCGUAUGGAACGAUUGAGAAGGAUGAGAGUCGAGAAGGGUGCAAUAACUGGAAUCAACCGACUAGGGAUGGAUGGACUUCUGAUGGUAGAGGAGUUGGCUCUAGGUAUUGAAAAUUUGAGUAAGCUUCAGGUGCUGGAAUUGGCGAGUACGAGUUCAAAACUCAUAAACAAACUGGAGAACAUUGCAGCUGAAUCUGAAGAAGAAAAUGACGAGAGCAGCAAAAUCUGA